AACAUAACAUGUGAUAUAUAACAAAGAUGUUGUGUUUUUUACAUACCUUAGAUUUUCUUCUUCACCAUCACAACCUCUUCUUCUCUCUCUCUCUCUCUCUUGAAACCCUAAUUCUGGAUCUUCAUUUCUUUAUCCUUUCCUCAACAGGAUCAGGAUUUAAAGUGGUGGAAUCAGAAAUGGAAGAUAUCGAUCUUGAUCUUGGGGGUUUGUAGAUCUUCUAGGUUUUAUUUAGAUUUGAUUUCAUAAAGGAUGCGGAAUUGGGAAAAGUUUGAUCAUUGUCGUAUAUGAUUGUCAAUGGAAUGGCAAUUUAAUUGAUGCGAAUAUUUAUUUUUUGUUUUCUGAGUAUUGAAUUGAAUUUAUUGGGGGAGUAUGGAGAACGUGUGUGAUGUGAAUCAGUUGGAUGCCGAUGUUCUUUUGCCACCUCGGAAACGGCUUCUUGCUGGAUUGAAAAAACAGAGUUCAGAAAGUGAUGCUACUGCAUCUCCAUCUCCUGUUGCUGCUUCGUGUGUUACAGAUGUUGCUUCCCCUUCAUCUACGUCAUUUUCAAGCGAGUUUGAAGCCCGACUUAAGCAUUUGUUGAGUUGUCAUUCAAAUAACCCGAACCUUACACCUGAAGAGGUUGCGGAGGCUUCGAGAAAAGCAGCUGUCACUGCAACUAAGGCUGCCGAGGCAGCAAGAGCUGCAGCUGAAGAAAAAGCUGCAAUAGCGGCAAAGGCGGUUGCUGCGGCCAAGAGUGCUUUAGAUUUGGUUGCUUCUUUUUCCGAGGAUGCAACGAACAACAAGGAAAGAAAUCUGAAAAAGAACAAGUCAAAGAAGCAUCUCCCGGUUCAGCUUUUGUACAAAAAAAACAAACCUAUUGAAAAUUGUAGGAAAGAUGAAGAAUUAGCUCGAAAGUUACACCGAGCCAUGAACAGUUCUCCGAGAAUCUCGAAGACUUCUCCAAAGUCAGACUCGAAAGGUAGUAGAUCAAAGAGGCCUAGAAGCUCUUCAAGUUUUGAAAUAACCGAGGGAUCAGGAUGCGGCGUGCAGGCAGUUGGACAAGAUUGCUUAUCUUUGAACAAUGGCCAGGCAACAGUCGGAAAGAUUGAUUCUGAAGGAUCCAACCAAGAGGUAAGCUCAAUUAAGAAAGAUAAGAAGGUAAUCAACUACAAUAGGUCUAGCCAAAUAGACAUAGAUAACGGCGAAGCCGAGUCGAGCCACUCAAAGGCGAAAAACUGUGAAGAUUCACAUUCACCUCCGAUAGGUAAGAAGAGAGGAAGGACAAAGCUUAAAAAGUUACCCUUAAGCAUUUGCACCUCAAAAGAUAAGGCGAAACUGAGGGAAGAAAUAAAAGUCAGAAGAAGUUCUUCAUUGACUGAAUUGAACAAAGGCAAUCAGCAUGUUCAUACUAUACCCGUGUUUCCGGUGGAGCCAUCAACUGACCGAAUGAUACCGAUUGAGGCAACAUCAACAUGGAAAUGCCAGGACUUCAAGGUACCGGCUUGUAUCAAACAAAAUAAAGCUGUGCAGUCAUAAUAAUAUUCAUAUACUACAACACUACAUUGGGAGGAUGACUGUACUACUGUGAUAGAAGAUAUUGAUAGCUGAGGUAGGAACCAUGAUGCUUCUUUUUUUUUUUUUUUUUACAAUAUGGCAUUUAUUUUUGUUGUUGUAAAAUCUUAUGUUUUGUAAUGAAUUUGAACUGAUUACAUGUAAAUUUAGAUAUAAGUGGCUUGCAAUGUUUCUUUAAAGUUGUGUUACUUUAAUUGACAAGAAAGGUUGAGUUUUAGGUAGGAGUAUGUUUUGAAUUGAACAGCCUUUUCAUUGUGCUGCUACAUAUUUCUAUUCCUCAUUUGUAAUGAAGAAUAAAAGGUGAAAGCUUUGUUGGUCUUCUA